ACAGAGAGCACAGAGGCACUUGUCGAUCAGCUCUCUGACCGAAUCGGAUCCUUGCAGAUAGGCCCUGGAGGACAAGUUCGCUAUUAUGGCCCUACGUCAAACUUCAACCUCGUGGAGAUGCCCGCGCCCGAUAACCUCACGGUUCACCGCACAGUUCGCAAUGACGGUCAAGAGUAUCUCGACUUCCUUGGGUUGGGCAAGGCAGUUCCUCCUGAAUUAGAGGCGCAUCUGACCAACCUCUACUUCACAUGGCAAGAUCCGGCCUUCCAUGUCGUGAACCGAGAGAUGUUUGAAGCCGCCAAGGCCACCUGGACAGACAACCAAGAAGAUACACCAUAUUAUUCCGAGGCUCUGCUAAACGCAAUAUGCACCUUGGGUGCGGCGUUCGAGUCUCGGCACCAUCAGACUUUCGUAACCUUCCCCAAAUCCCUCUCUGACUUCUUUGCGGACAGGGCAAAGGCACUGCUUGAGAUCGAACUCGACUGCCCCUGCGUUGCAACAGUGCAAGCAAUGGUCGUGCUGAGCAGCCACGACAUUGGGUGCAAGAGAGACGCUCGAGGAUGGCUGUAUAGCGGAAUGGCUAUGCGCCUAGCUUUUGAUCUAGCCCUGCAUUGCGAUUUAACUCAAUAUGUUGCCAAGAAGGCUCUCACUCAGGCAGAAGCGGACCUACGGCGAGACGUCUUCUGGGGUGCAUACACCAUCGACCACAUGUGGAGCUUCUAUCUUGGACGCCCGUUCAGGAUCAACAUGGAGGACGUGACAGUCUCGAAACCCUGUGGAGACACGCGCCCCGAGUCUGCCGGCCAGUGGAUUCCGUACGUAUCUCCUCAGUCAUUCGAGGAAAGCACCCCGUUGCCCGACUAUGCAAACGAAAUGCAUCGACAGCGAGUCUUGUUGGGCGAAAUCAUGGCCCCUCUGGGAUACGCUCUAUAUGGGAAUACUAGGAUUUCUUCCACUUCACUCCAGGAAUUAAAUAUCAUUACUGUUGAGGCGCUGCUUAACUGGCAGGCAAACCUUCCGUCAGUGUUACAAAUUGAUCUGAACGACCACGAAACAUCAUAUUUAUCGCACGUCAUUUUACUUCACAUGCAGUAUCACCAAAAUAUCAUCCACGCCCACCGACCCUGGAUGUCGAGAACUUACGCUCAACCUACUCCCCCACAGGGCCCAGGCUCAUCGCACGCCCGCAUGAUGUGUAUCGAAUCCGCUUACGCGAUCGCAAAGCUCCUUCAGAUCUACGAAGGGCGAUAUGCACUGCGUCUCAUGAACAUCCAAGGUGUCGGCAUCGCCUGCUCGGCGGCUCUGCUCCUGAUCUUUGCGAAUGUCACCAACUUCAAGCGAUACACAACUACCGAUGUCGGACUGCGCUUGAGUGCAUGCUUCAGGGCUCUUGACGAAUUCGGCGCGACUUGGGAAAGCUCUAAGAGAGCGAAAGACUUCUUAGUCCUGUUGCACCGGCAGUGGGAGCUCCGUGGACGAUCGGCCACAGGACCACCAACUAUCAAAAAAGCGCACACGGUCAUCUCUUGA